AUGGCGUUGGGAAAAGGUGAUUCUAGUCAAUCUGGUGCAAAAGAGAUUCUUUCACAAAUAUUUAGCCGCAUUGGGGAGUUGUCUGAUGCCUUGGUGGGUCCUGAGGGAUCUUCCAAUAAUUCUAGUAGUGUUGGGACAAGCGACACGGUGGAGAGUGAGGUUAGGAAGGUAUUUGGACGACAACAUUCAUCAACAACAUUGUCAUCAAGCGUGGGAACAAACCACACAAGUAUUAGUACAACACAGGGUACAACCCAGGGUACAACCCAAGCUUCCGUUUCAGUUUCACCUUCUCCACAGCUAUUCCAGGAGCCAAAUCCUUUGUAUAACACUAGAAGAUACUUUGGUAACCAACGAUCAGCAAUGAAAUCAAAUCGUUGGAGAAAAGGAAAGGACCCAAAAACAAAAAAAGUAUGUACUGGGCCGUUCUCAUGUGACAUUAUCUUACUCUCAGGACCAGAUGACAAGGACAUACCCUGUCAAGGAAGUAAAGUGUUUUUGCAAGAAAAUGGACACAUUAUCAGUGCCUUCGAGUUUCAAGGAGUGGAGUGA